AUGUCUCGCAUUCUCUCCACUCCCCGCUGCCGCAAGCCGAGGAACUCCCCUGGAGUCUGUGCCUUGUCUUUUGACGAGGAGACAGUGGACGAUCCCCAACCGUCCACUUCCAGGGGAUAUCCUCGCUUGCGGAAUGCCCCAGACCCUCUCCUCUAUAUGUACCCAUCCGCCGACGAAGUCGAUGAUGAAGUAUCAGAUGAGGACAAUACACCUCCUCUGAAACUCUCAAGGACUAGUGAUAUGUCUGAAGUUGAAAUCUCCGGACGUUUCAACGGUGACGACUCGGAUUGGGAGGAAUUCGAGUCCGACUCCGAAGAAUCGGCCGUAGACGAUGGUUCAGACAUCGAUUACGACUAUGUCCUGCUGGUGGAUACCUCUUUAGACUCGGACGAGCCCCUCGAAGAGUACGUCCUACGCUGGUGGGAGCGCAAUGCUCCCGGUACUCCUAAUUUUGUGUGGUACAUAAAGGAGAACUUCGUCCGGCGUCAGGGCUUCGAGGGGACACUGGGUGUGCGCCCACACCUUGACGCAUCGUCCAGCCCCUUGGAGAAAUUCACCAGCCUGUCCCCGGAGGAGUUGUUUCAAACCAUUGUGGAUGAAACGAAUCGGUACGCUCGACAGAACCCGCACACCCCUUCAUCCCACAUGAAGGGGUGGGAGGACACAUCUGUGCGGGAGGUCCGCUCGUAUGUCGGCCUUAGAUUCCUCAUGGGACUUCAUUCAAAGAGGUCCCAAAGGGAACUUUGGUCGACGGACCCGAUGCUGUGCUCGUCGGUGUUCACCAAGACCAUGUCCAGGGACCGUUUCGUCAAUCUGACCGCCGCGCUCCGCUUCGCUAACAACGAAGGGGAGCACGACGCGGAGGACAGAUUGUGGAAGCUGCGCCCUGUGAUUGACGUCUUGGAUUCGACGUACCGUUCCGUUCUCGUCCCCAACAAGAACGUGACCGUCAAGGGCAGGCAUCAGGCCCUCCAAUAUAACCCUAGUAAGAGGGCUCGGAGGGGCCUGAAGGUCUAUAAGCUCUGCUCGUCCAACGGUCCAGAGGCAGGGUAUACGACGGCCUUCAAUAUUUACAUGGGGCAAGACCGCGGAGAGUUUCGGGCGAGUAUGAAGGCCGUCGACGACCUGAUGGAGAAGACAGAGCUGUACGACAAGGGGUAUCAGUUGUACACAGACAACUGAUAUUCCUCCCCGACUCUCUUCCACUACCUGCAGGCCCGGAAGACCAGCGCAGUUGGUACAGUUCGUACCAACAGGCGUGGUAUGCCCUCGGACCAGCAGGCGAGUCGGGGAUAAAUCGACUUCCGGAGUAACAACACCGGAAUGCUCUGCCUGCAGUGGGUAGACAAUGCUAUCCACUGCACACACCUCAAAGGUCAUUAUCCUGCCUCCCAACCGCCGAGGGGUGGAGAGGUCGAAGCCCGAAGUUGUUGCCUGCUACAACAACGGCAUGAAGGGCGUCGACCUCUCGGAUCAGCUGGCGCAGUCAUAUCCAGCCACGAAGAAAACCGUCAAGUGGUAUAAGAAAGUAUUCUUUUACCUACUGGAUAUGACGACAGUCAACGCGCUGGCUGUCCACUGGGCCCUCGGCGGAAGGUUUUCUCAAUCCAGGUUCCGUACGGAACUUAGCCGGGAAUUGCUGCAGCAAGGUGGCCGGCCUGGCUCCUUCCGGCGGAACCCUCCUCAGGACCAACCUGAGGAGGAUCCCCAGCAGGCGCACAUGCCAGUCGACACCCCCUUCCGGAGGUGGCGGAGAUGUGCGUUCUGCUGGAGGAACGACCGGCGCAGGAAGGAGACCAGGGUCAUGUGCUCCAGCUGCGGCAUUUCCCUAUGCCCAACGCCAUGUUUUCAGGCACACCAUGCCUGAGAACAUUGUACGUAGUGUAUUGUACAUAUACCAAGUUGUUACAUAUGUAUGUAUGUAAAAUUUAUUUACAUUUCUCGAGUUUGUAGGCAUGUUCCAUGCCUAUAUGUAUAUGAAACCCUUUUACAUAUGUAAAUAUGUAUACUUCAUCAAUUUUGAAGAAAAAUAAAAAUUCGACUUUA